AUUAUGUCAAAAUCUUAGAGAGAAGAAUAGAGGGAAGGAGAUUUUUAAUCAUUCCUUUUGAUUCACACAAAGAUGGACCAAAAUUAUUUAUCAGAGUACUCUCUUCAUUCAUCUAUAGAGCUUCUAAUUCAAAAGCUACUUCAGCAGCUAGUGUACCAACAGUGGAUGACAAUGUCCUGUUAGCUACACCCACAGAAUUCCUGGAACAUCAUCCUAUGUCCCCAACUCCUAUCUUGGAACUUGGUACACCAACUCAAGAUACACAAUAUUCUGAAACGAAGGUGAAUGAUGAAACCCAGAAGAAUGACAAAACAAACCAUUCAAGCACAAAGGAUAAUUUUAUAGACCAAGGAGGAUCAGAAGGUUUCACUACUGCUCCUUUGACAGAAACGGCCCUUGAAGAGAGGCAGAUGGUUAUUUACAAGGGAGAGGAAGAACCUGAAUACAACAUUUCUGAAGCAUACCGUGAAUUGUUUCCGCCACUGCCAAGAAGGAUGUUAUCUCCAUAUGCUCCUGCUUUUUUGCCACUUUCAAACAACACAUUUGCUGCUCUUCUCAAUCAAGAUCCUGGGUGCUUAGAGGAAGAAGAUCCUUUUGCAAAGAUAAAUGAACAAAGCCUGGUUCUAUGUUCUAAUGCAGUGGAAGAUCAUGCAAAGGAGAGGGAUGGGCCAAUACUUUACACCCAUUCAGAGGGCGAGGAUUUAGUGUUCAUAGAUACUAAACUUAAACCAUUGAAAAUAGAUCUUUCAAGAUGUUUCAAGCAACCUUUUAAUCUACGCAAGGAACUCAAGGGCCGAAAGACCUUCUCCCCAUCGCAAAUUGUUACCAGAAGUAAGGCUAAAAUACUAGCAGAAGGGAGGAGGAUCACACCUAUUGGCUGGGAAGAGGAACAAGAAAUGCUUGAUCCACAACAAUCCCAUGAAGAGGAGGUAAUUGACUUCUUCAAGCUCUGUUGUCCUACUAAAAAAGAAGAGCCUAUCCAAAAAGGCAUUAAGCAAAAUCGGGUUAACGAACACGGAGCUGCUGUUGCUGGACUUCUAGCAACUAAAUACUUCGGUUAUGUUGCUUUUGAGACACUUUUGGAUGAAGUGGAGCAAAUACCAUUUGGGGCUUGCCAUUUUGAAAGUUGCAGCAGAAUUGAAGGCAAAUUAUCCUUAGAAUCCAGCUUUGGCUCAGUGAUGACUUGGGAUUUACCAUUCUGCUCAGUCUAGUAGAAACAGACUAUUGCCUCAUUCUUAUAAUUCUGAAGGACUCUUGAUCAGGUCAUAGUAUUCUUAUUGGUUCAACCAUCAAAGAUGCAGCAUACCCUAGUCAAGUCCUGAUUUGAUUAGCAGUUACUAACUACUGAU